AUGCCGUUGUUGUUUCCACGGCGAUACGGCCGUUCCGAGCGACAAUUGGGCUCCGGAACCACCGCGAGAGUGUACUUGUACGUCCAUAAGGAUGGACAGUUUGCAAUCAAGAAAAUCGCAAGGCGCGAAAGAGAGUCCAAAAGAGAAUAUUUAGACCGAGUACGCAAAGAGGUCCAUCUGCACCAGUCUCUUCCCAGACACCAUAAUCUUGUUGACUACGUCGAUUUCUUUGUCAUGAGAGGCAAGCCGUACUAUGUGAUGGAAUACCUGCCUGGUGAGCUUAGCAUUUCUCGAAAAGAGUUAGACGUCGAUUAUCAACUCUGUCUUUUCAAACAGUUAGCCUUGGCAGUGUUGUAUCUGCAGGAGCAGAAUGUCAGCCAUCGAGAUUUGAAGCUGGCCAAUUGCAGACUUACACGCGAGGGUAUUUUGAAGCUCAUCGACUUUGGCUCGUCCAUACACGGAAAUGAAGGCGUUGGGGUGGCAGGCAGUAAAGGAAUGGUGGCUCCUGAGGUUUUGCGCGACCUUCGUUACGAUUCCUUCAAGUCCGAUGUUUGGUCCUUGGGGGUGGUUUUUGUCGAGCUUCUUGGACACCGGACACGGUGGAAAGAGGCCGUCUGGUACGAUAAGGCCUUUCAAUUAUAUAGCAAAAGUCAGAGUGUUGAUGAUGUGUCGGACGAUCUUGCCGACUUCCAGCACAUUGUGCUCCCAAUGCUGGAGGUCGAUCCCUUGCGACGCAUCACCAUGUCUGAGCUGCCACUAAUUGUGUCCCUGACAAGCCACAUCGGCACCUCCACUGCCAUUUUUUUGCUGUUAUUUUCUGAUCCAUCUAUACUCAUGACAACCAACACCGACGCUCCGUCUCCUCUGCAAGAGCCAGCAAUUGCCGAGAUUCUUGCCUCUGACUCUGCCUUGGACCUUCUCCUGGCAAGACUCAAACAAUCUGUCAAGGCGUGCGACGAGUUUGCCAACUAUCUGAAGCGGAAACAGAAUUAUGAAGAAAAUUAUGCUCGGGACGUUAAGCGGGCUGUCACAAGUUGCAAGUCCUCCAUCAAAUCCAACACGUCUGUCUCCAAAGGGUCGUUUGUUGAGUCCCUGGACAAGAUUAUAUCAUUUGACGACAGGAUACUCGUUGACGUGCGGUCUCCAUACGCCAAGGCUUUGGAGAAAAUGCAGGACGAGCUGACAUCCGUGUCUGCGACAUUCGUGCGGCUGCGGAAACAGCUAAAGGAAGAAGGUCACAAGCGCGAAAAGGAGGUCCAGGACGCCAUAAGCCAGGCGGAAAAAUCUAAAAACAGGUACUUUUCGCUCUGUACCGACCUGGAAAGGCUGAGGCAAUCGGACCAAUCCCAGAAAAAAAUAACACUCCAAGGUCGUAAAACAGGCUCACAACAAGAAGAGGAGUUGGUGCGAAAAAUCAAUGCUGCCGACCAGGACUAUAAUGCCAAGGCCAACGCCUCCCAGAAGUUGAAGAACGAGCUGGUGAAUACACAUAGACCGAGACUUUCCAAGAAGCUCCAGGACCUCAUUCUGGAGCUGGACACGGCUUUGCAGCUUCAGUUGCAGAAGUACGCUGCUUAUAACGAAUCUUUUGUUGUUGGCCUGGGUAACCAGGUGGCUCCACUGGGAGCCAAUCACUCCUCAAUGGCAACUGUCGCUGCAUCGGUCAAUCCGGAACAAAAUCUCUACAACUAUCUGAAAGGCUCCAGAGUCGAGAAAAAACAAUCCUUUGUGCCUGUCGAGUAUAAGAAACAUCCCUUGUUCAAGUCAGAGCCUACUCAUCAAUUCCGCGUUCCAGCAACACCACCUGUGUCUAAUAAUGUUUCUAAACUGGAUCCACCCUCAGCUACUACAAACAAGACCGCCACGCCGCCAGUUGGGUCUCCGUCCUUCAUACCCGUUCCCGAGCCGCCAAAUUCUUCCUUAGCAAACUACUCAACGCUGGACCCUGCUAACUCUUCAGCAUUGUCGGCGUCGCCGGCUCCUGCAGUCCUGGCAGGACCGCGUCCUAUCAGCACAGAAAUGCGAAACAACUCCUCGUCCAUUACAAAUACCGCCACUCCUGCUUAUUCAGGAUUACUAUUUGGACAGCCAAUCGAAAGUCUCCCUCACGACGAGGAGAUGGUUCCAUUAUUCGUCAAAAAGUGUAUCAACCUAAUUGAGACUUACGGCUCCAACUCUGAAGGUAUCUAUCGAUCCAGUCCGAACAAACUCAAACUGGAGGAGAUCAAAUACGCAAUCGACCAGGAUCCUUCAAAUCUGAGUAUUUUGGAUCCUCCAGACCCUUCUAAUGUGUCUGACGACUACGUUUACAUGAUAGCGUCGCUUCUCAAAGUGUUUUUUGCAGAAUUACCUGACCCCUUGUUGACAAAGGAGCAAAGCGGCAAUUUCUUCAAGGCCGGCCAAAUCGAGGAUGCUGCAACGAUGCACAUCCAGCUCCAUCGGAUUGUUUUCGAGCUUCCGGACGCUAAUUACUUUACACUUCGUGACUUGCUCUUCCAUUUUAUCAAGCUCAGCCAAAUUCCAAGAGUGCGCAUGAGCGUGAGAAAUCUGAGCAUAGUCUGGUUCAACAACCUGCUUGUGAACGAAUACACCUCUCGUGACGAGCUCGCAGUGCAGCAGCGAGUCGUUGAAGAACUUAUAAAUGCUGCUCCCGAAAUUUUCAACCCUAAGGAAAGUUAA